AUGAAUACAUUCCGACCACCUCUGCUAGAGGCAGCGUUGCAGUCGUGUACCAGGUCACCACGCUCYCCCGCCUUCCGCAGUGCCUUGCAACACCGAGCUCGUCUUCCGCGGCGACACUAUUCCUCCCGACCGCCACUUCCACCCGGAUCACUGCAAAAGACGGAGAUAUGGUAUCCCAAAACGAGAAUCGCCGUGGGGAUCGUCUUCAUUGGCACGUUGAUUUACAACAUGGCCACGGGCGACAAGGAGGUUCCAUCAUCAGAGGCUCCGGACUCACCACCUCCUCGCUCGGGACAACAGCUCGACUCUCCCUCAAUAGCUGAGCGCGACAACCUCAUCAAGCGGGAAUCCGGCGUCGAUGUCAGCUCUCCCAUGCGUCUACGAAUGGAGCAAUACAUCAAAGAAAAGCAAAAGGAGAUUGUAGGAGCAAUAGAAGCAUUGGACGGGCAGAAGUUUCAAAAGGAUGAGUGGACAAGACCCAGUGGUGGCGGUGGAAUAUCUUGCGUUCUGCAGGAUGGAAACGUGUUCGAGAAGGCUGGGGUGAAUAUCAGUGUUGUCUACGGAACUCUCCCAAGACAAGCCAUUUCCAAGAUGCGUGUGAACCACAAAGCCUUGGACCCCGAUGUUGAGAGUCUGGAAUUCUUCGCCGCGGGAUUGAGUCUGGUGUUGCAUCCGAUCAACCCCAUGGCUCCGACGGUACAUCUCAACUAUCGAUACUUUGAGACGGCGAAMAAGGAUGGAUCCACAAAUGCAUGGUGGUUUGGUGGUGGAACGGAUCUGACACCUUCAUAUCUCUUCGACGAGGACGUGAUACAUUUCCACCGCGGCAUCAAGGAAGCCUGUGACGCACACGAUAAGACCUACUACUCCCGCUUCAAAAAAUGGUGCGACGAGUACUUUUACGUCAAACACCGUGGCGAAUCACGCGGUGUGGGAGGAAUCUUCUUCGACGAUUUAGAUGAAACGGAGAAGGAUCAGGAGAGUCUCUUUGCUUUCUGCCAGAGUUGUCUCGGAGCUUUCCUACCCAGCUACAUUCCCAUCAUUCAAAAACGGAAAGACAUGCCAUAUACGGAGAGGGAGAAGCAGUGGCAGCAAUUACGACGAGGGAGAUAUGUGGAGUUUAAUCUUGUGCAUGAUCGAGGGACGGCAUUUGGGUUGAAUACGCCCGGGGCGAGAAUUGAGAGUAUCUUGAUGAGUUUGCCACUGACGGCGAGGUGGCAAUAUCAGCAUGAGCCUGAGAAGGGGAGUCGGGAGGACCGAUUGGUGAAUGUUUUGAAGAACCCUGUAGAGUGGGUUUAG